UUCAAUGUUGUUUACUUGUCAACGCGGAUUGUGUACAAAAUGGCCAAGACCGACGGUAAAGUCAUAUCAAUUCACCCACCGUAUAUUAGUUUCAUAAGCGAUAGGUGGCACGAAGAAAACGUCCUAGUUACCAAUGUCAGCAAUAACUUAAGAACAAUCGAGUUACAUCCACCGAAAUCAGACGAAUUUGAAAUAAAAUCCAAAAUCUCGGAGAAAGUCCUAGCUGCAGGUUUGACUGUGAAUAUACCAGUUAUAUACAGGGGUACAUUUGAUGGGUACUCUUUGCAGGACAGAUUGACUAUUUGCAGUGGAGAACACAGAGUCGAAGUUCCACUCUUUGUGUCUUCUCCAUGCUGUAUCUUGUCUGUUAGUGGAGAAGUAGACUUUGGCUGCAUGGUGGCCAACAAUGAGGUGAACACAAGGUCUUUCGAAAUUAGAAAUGAAGGCCUUAUCCCAGGAGAGUUCAAGGUCAAGUAUUCUGGAAACACACCUUUGUUAAUGAGCCCAAAAGAAGGGGUUGUGCCUGCACUAUCAGCCUGGUUGAUUACUAUUCAGUAUUGUGCAACUGAGCCAGAACAAUUUCAAGAAGUAGCAAGAGUGAAACUUGAAAACAGUGAAACACGUCAUGUAAUCAUAUCAGGUCGUGUGAUAUACCAAGAAUUGGAACUCUUGGACCCAGAAACAGAGAAAAUUACUGAAAAGAUUCAGUUUGGUUACUGCUAUUAUGGCUGUGAUUUAAUCCAGUUUGCCACUUUGUACAACAAUAGUCCAAUUCCUGCAAAGUUUGUUGCUGUUGUUGAUGAAAAGGCAGAUGGGGAAGAAGUUGAAUGUAACGUCACUGAGCCUGCAAGUUUAGUGUUGAUGAAGAAAGCUGGAAUGGCUGAAGGGAAGAGCAAUGUGCAUUCAGGCCUGCUUGAUAUCCUUCCAUGUGAAGGUACAUUGACACCCUAUGAGAAAAUACUUGUUGCUUUCUUAUUCAAACCUAGGUGGGAAUUAUCGCCAUUGGGCUGGAAAUGUUUGCAGGAACCACCUCCAAGAAGAGACUUUGUGCUCUUUGUAAACUUCAAUAUUGUUGGAAUUCCAUUUCCACCAGAAAAUCAACCUAAGCAUGGACUAGAAGUACCAAUAACAGGUACAGCUCUACCAGUAUUACUGAGCCUUGAACCAGAGAAGUAUGACUUCGGUUCCUGUGCUGUUGGAAUGAGAUCAGAAACAGAAACGAUUCUAUUAAAUUACUCACCUGUACUCCCUGCAAAUUACCAUUUUCAUAAUGGUGCUCAUUUCAGGGCCCAUCCUCAUAAAGGAAUACUUCAACCUGGGCAACAAGAAAGAAUCACCUUCUCAUUCAUACCAAAGCAAAUAGGUACUCUACAAUCAAAAAAUGUUCUGCAAGUUCAGGAAAACAUAUCUUCCUUACACAGUCAUGGUAAUCCUUUAAGUAUACAGAAAUUCAAAAGUGGCUUCCCAUACUAUGUCUCUCCAAAAAUCAUUUAUUCUGCAGAUAUACAAAUGCAAGGCUUUGGUGUAAUGAAACCACUUGAUAAAAAUCCUAAAUUUAAUAUGGGUAUAACACCUUAUAUCACAAAUGAAGUGGGACUCUACAGUGAAAUUACUUUCCCUAAUAUCAGUCAAAUCCCAAGAAAUACAAUGGCUGUUGCCAGACGCUCUAAGAUCAUGAAGGAUUUAAACAGAUCUCAAACUGAAGUUAUUUCUAGAAGUUUUGUGGCACUGCCUAAUGACAGGGCACAAAGCAUAAGAUCUUCAGGAAAUGAUAAAGAAUUCAGAACUUUGUUCACAAAGAAGAAACGUUACACAUACAAUGAUCCAGACUAUAGCUAUACAAAAUAUGAACUAGAGCAGAUAGUCAUCAAUAAAAGCAAGUAUAAGGACUUGAUAUCAAAGGCCACCAAACUGAAAAUACAUCAAAGCCGAGCUAUUGAAUUCAUGAAAUUCAACAAUAAUGUUGACAUUGGUUUAACUCAUGCUGAUGGAAUAAAACCCAAGAAAUUACAACUGUCACAAAUUCCUACCUCGGCAGAAACACAAGAUCCUAAGGAAAGGACUAUGUCUUCCAAUCAGUUUUUCCAAAAUGAAAAAAUUACAAAGAAAUCUGCCAAUGAUGGACUUAAUGUUAUACCAACUACACAUGAGGAGAUAAUUCAAUGUUCAAGACUUCUCUCUCCCGGCCAGCUUCAUAAACUCAUGAUAGGACCAUCAAAAAUCGAUUUUGGUAAAGUUUGUCAGAAAUCUGUGAAUACACGCAACCUGGACAUUAUCAAUACUCUUGAUAUGUAUGUUUUUGUUCAACUGCAACUGGAGUGUCCAGAAUUGACACAAACCUGUCCAUUAUCAAAAGUUGUUCAGCCAUUCAGCAAAACUGGCAUCCCAAUAGUUUUUGAGUCAUACAACAAAGGAAAGUUCAGCACGUCCAUUCACUACACCAUCAAUAACUGCUACACCAGUUGCAUUUGUGUUCAAGCAGAGGUGGUGAAUGUGAAUCUAGAAAUACUCACUAGUUCAGUGACAGUGCUUAAUCCAAUCCCUUCCAUGCCACCAGAGUCAGCAUUUUCAGAAGUAAUUACUCUCUCCAAUACACUGAAUUAUCCAGCAGAAUUUUGUUGGAGAAACUCUAUGACAGACAGCGGGCAUGCUUUUAUUAUACGUCCUUCACAAGGUGUUGUUGACGAAUUCAAAGACUUGGAUUGUGAAGUGACAUGGCUACCCAGUUAUAACUCUCCUGACAUUGGCUUGUUUACUCUUGAUGUCAAUGGAGGUCAAUCAAUCCUAUUGGAAUGCAAAGCUCAAAUUGGUUUGACUGCUGUACAGUUUUCUGAACGCCGGAUCACAUUCCUGAAUGCUCCAGUGAACCUCACCACGAAACAAGUGGCCACUUUAAUUAACACAAGCGUCAACCAUGCUUAUUUUAAGAUCAUUGAUCAGAACCCAGUGACCGGUAUGUACAUCAACCCAGCAACUGGUAUUGUGCCUGCUGGAGGAGAAGUUGAACUCAGGUUGUCAUUUACCCCAACAUCUCUGGUCAAGUUUGAUUUCAACCUUGAGGUGGACAUCCGAGGAUGGAAGGUCAUAUCAGUGCGCGUUGGUGGAUUUGUGAACAACCCAUGUGUUGAAAUUGAUGUUCCCGAUUUCAUAUUUGGUGGUGUCUAUUGUGGCUCAAUGGCCAUUAUUCCUUUCAAUAUCAUCAACAAGAACAACAACUUUACCCAAGUGGAUUUUGAUUUGUCAAACUACUCAGACUUCCGUCUUAGCUUCAAUGUUCCACAAACGGAAGAAGAAUCUGAUUUCCAGGAGAGUGAAAUUUCUGGCAUGCAUUCUUUACAUGUGAAUGGAAAUACCAAAGUUGAAGGGAAACUAGUGUUUGAGCCAACAGAGGUAGCUGCUUACAACUUCCUCAUGCCAGUGUUCAUCAACCAUACAGCAGCACCAGCACCACCUCCUCACUCCUCACCACAUGAUUCCAGUGAAACAUCAACUGCUUCCAAACGACAUCUCAAUGCUCGUAACACCUUUGCUCAGAUUGUCACACCAAGACGGAGAGUAAUUGCCAGUGGGCUGAGGCCUGUUUUUGAACUGUCAUCAUACAGAAUUCAAUUCAGCUUUGUCUUCACUUACCAUAAAGUGCAUCUCAUGACAGAGCAGAAAAAGUCUCAAGAGAUUGUUGUUGAAAAUAAAACCAACCACAACCUGCGAUAUGAUCUUGACCUGAGUAUUCUAGAAACAAACAACAAUAAAGAUGUUCUCAAGUUUGUAAAUAAAGAAGGUGAAUGGCUGGAGUUAACAAAAGAAGGAUGUAUUGGGCACCAUCUUGGACCACACGAAAAAGAAGUUAUAACAGUGAUUUGCUCUCCAAAAACCUGCACCAACUAUAGCUUCCAGAUUCCAAUUUACCUCAAUGAAAACUACAAAACAGUUCACAAAUAUCUUCAGAUCUGUGUUUUUGUGAGGCUUUCCUGGAUUGUGUUCAACCCAUCUGCUGUGUACUUCAGAGUUCCAUUGCAAAUUGAAGACUCUGUCGAUGUUGUUAUGCAGCCAGUUGAUUAUUCUACGUUUCCUGAACUGACAGUUGAAUGUCCUAGUGUCACUUGUGAUGACAACAAAGUUAUUGAACCUUUCAAAGCAACAAUUCUUGAUAACGGUGAUACUUCUGAGGAGAUCAUCUGCUGCCUUAGUUUUAAGUCUGAAAUUCCUGUCUCAUUUCGAGGAUUAGUCAAAUUCACAGACCAGCAUGAGAAUUGUUUCCAGCUGACUGUCGUUGCUAUCGCAGACAACUGCCUCCUAAGUUGCUAUUCUUUCUUGGCUCAUCACCAAAUGGAUUACAAGAUUAUUUGUCAACCAGGUACAUCACUCAAAGGACCAAAGAGCAGUUCAAAUGAAAGUGUUGAUGCUGGAGAGGCCAUUUGUGUGCCCUGUGACUCCUCAUUGAAUUCAAUCAGUGAGAAUAGUUCCAGUGUGGUGACUUCAAUCAUAGAAGAAAGCUCAGUAUGUUCCUUUGAAUCAGAUCCAUAUGAUCAAUAUUCCUUCCAAAAAUAUAGCAGUGGAGUUUAUGAUGGUGAGUGGACAUCUACACCAUCAGAGGAAACUGUAUUGAGCAAGUUGCAAGAACUUGGCAAACUUGGAAAUAACAUGUUUCCUGAAUAUGAUAAACAAAUCGGUCCUUUCCAUUAUUCAGUUCUGUAUGCUGUACAGAGAUGGUUUUCAGCAAAUGGCUGGCCUGGAGGAACAGUCUCAAUCACAGUCCCUCACUCUUUCCGAAGUGCUGUAGGUACCUUGGAAGAGAGGAAAUCACCUAAAGCACAUUCUGUUAAGAAAGAAUCAAAGACUAUUUAUCAGAUGCUAAAAUAUCUCACUGGGAAAAUCUUGCCUGGAGUGAUACUAAUCCCAACUCUACCAUCACACUCAUUAGAACGUGUCAAACAGAUCUACAACCAACAUUACCUUCUGCUUGUCUUUUUAAAAUCUCAAGGAGGUUGUGUAGCAUCAAUCAAACCAGAGUAUUUAAUGACAUAUUCCGACUUCUGUGUAUGGAAUGAAAAUAAGAAAUACAUGUCAAGACCUGUGGGUUAUAUCGAUGAAGAUGAACGCCUGAAGGAAAGAGAAGUCUUUGAGUUGGUUUCCAAGAAGUCAUGGCUAGAUACACUUCUGCAGAUUAUCAAGUGUUUUGUAGUGUCCAAAAUUACUCCAAGAAUAUUCAAAAGCUUUAUCAUUGACGACAGAGAACUGAAGAUGCCAUCUUUGAACAAGAAUCCUCUGUGUAGUAAUGUUUACACAGAAGGCGAAAGAAUAUUGCUUGCUUGGAUGAACCGUUGUUAUGAGCAAAACCGUCGACUUGUAUGGAAUGAAAAUUCUAACACUGUUGUACCUGCAGCCCGUUGGAUUGUGAACUUUGACUUAGAUUUGAAAGAUGGUCUAGUCUUAGCCUGUCUGAUUGGAACCUACUUGCCUUUUAUGAUCUCUAGCCAUAUUGGUAAAGUAUACACAACUCCAACUCAAAGAGAACAAUAUUUCCACAAUGCAUUGAAGAUAGUCUGUGCUCUACGUUCUCUUGGAAUUGAGUACAAUAUUCAGGCGGUGGACAUAGCAAACCCCAACCCGAUCAACAUGAUACUCUUUUGUUCUUUUCUCUUCCACAUUCUACCACAAUACUGCCCCAAAUCUACAUUGGAAUUUAAAGGAAAGCUACAUGAAUCAAUCACUAAAUUGAUUAAACUUACUAAUCCAAGUGUAAAGCUGCUAAACUAUUCAGUUUCAAUAUUUGGUGAAAGUGCUUCACGCUUCAGCAUCUCCAAAGGGAAAACUAUUGCAAUCCCAGCCAAACAAACGGUUCAUUUGCCAGUUACCUAUAAUAAUACAUUUGUUGACUCCAAAACAGCAACCCUUGUUCUUACUGGGCGCCGCCAAGGAUCAGAACUUGGAACUCAUCUUGUCUUCUCUCUGGUUUCUUUCACAACUCAAGUAAGCCCACAGAAUGUUAUCUCAGUGGAUUCUCAUUGUUAUGAAACCCAAACAAUAUUGCUGGAAUUACAAAACCCUUUCCCUGUUGGCGGGGAAUUCUGCAUAUCAAUGACUGAGGAAAAUGUAGAGUCAGCAUCUAUAAAAGGUAUCUACUUAGGGAAACCAAUACUUCUGACAACAAAUUCUCAAGAUCUCAAUAAUCCUGCAAAACGAAAUAAAAAAUUGAAAAGUUUCCACUGCCAAACACAUCCUAUUUAUCUACCAGAAUCUGGGAAAGGAAGUAUUGAGGUUAUUUUCUUGCCAUUCUUCAUGGGAACUGCCCAUUGCAAUGUCAUAUUGAGUAAUUCAGUAAUCGGUGAUUUUAUCUAUGAAAUUAAAGCUCUGUCCAAAACACCUUUGGCUACUCCACUGAAAAAUUUCAUUCCAGAUAGAGAGGAAUCAAGUCCGUAUUUUGGGAAGAGAAAGAAAAAUGUCAGUACCAAAGAAUAUAAAACACUCGUAUACUGGAAGUGUGAAGUGGAGGAGAUUUUGCAGAAAGUCAUCUGGAUUCCAUUAGUCAAUUCAGCCAAAGAAAAAGCUUUGAUUCAGUUAGCCAAAAUGCAAAUGUCAGAAUUGGAGUAUUAUCGUCGCACACUUACCAACACUCUGGAAAGCUCUUCUCGAGCUGCUGAAGCUUAUGCUGCAAUGACCAGUUUAACAGAGAAUCUUCUCAGAAGUUGGCAUAAAGAAAGGAAGACUUUGACAUUCAAUAUCGAAUACAAGAACAUACUUGGAUUACGAAAUGAACAUUUCCGGGUACCAGUGACCUUUAGUGCUGAUUCCAGUGGACAUUUUGAAUGUCAAAUUUUAUUGUCAGCAAAGGAUGACAUACGUCUUUAUAAACUUGAAUGCACAGCUUAUCCAAAAGGAAGUAAAAUAGAAAUAGAAUUUCAGACUCCUGUUUUACAGAAGACAGUACAGGAUAUCCCAAUUAUAAAUCCAACCAGUAAUAUCUGGAACCUGAAAGCUAUUGUUGAAGGAGAUCCAUUCUCAGGACCAGAGAGUUUGGUUGUACCAGCGAAUACCACUGCUUUCUAUCCUAUCUGUUACAGACCAGCACUAGAAGAGGGAUAUAAAGGCAAGUUAGUGCUGAUGAAUGGAAAUGCUGUUAUUGAAGACAUAAAUCUGGUUGGUAAUGCCACAAGCCCUCUCGCAAUGGGGGAGAUUGUUAUCACUUCUGAAGUGAAAGCCAAUGCAAUACAUGUAUUGAAUGUUCCAAACCGCACUAAGAAGAGGCUGACUUAUGAGGUACAAUCAAACGUUCCAUUCACUAGUGGAAAUCCGUUCGUGUCAGUGAGUAGCGCCCAAGUGGCCAUGUACAACCUUCACGUCCGGCCAACCAUGGGAGGUACUUUUGAAGGAAUCAUCAACUUCGUUGUCAAGAAGAGAGUGAAAACAGAGGUUGAUAGCGAUGGAGAUGAAGCUUACAGCUCUGAUGAUGGAGAUGAGUAUAUAGGCCAUAGGCUGUGGUACAUUAUCAAGCUGAACAUCCUCCAGGGUCCUCCAGAAUCCAUUCUACAUAUUUCAUGUCCUUGUCAGGAAAGCAAAUUGAUCAAAGUUCCUGUUACCAAUCCGAUAGAUGAGGAAUUAUCCCUUCAGACAAUAAUAGAAGGUCCCCACUUAACAGGACCAUCUUCAAUUGAACUUAGUGCUGGUGAAAAAGUGACCUAUCUUUUGACAUUUUCUCCUCAAAGUAUCUUGCACCAAAAAGGCAUGUUAAAAUUCUUCAAUCAAAACUUUGGUGAAUUCUGGUAUGAUUUGGUCCUCGAGAGUAAGCCCCCUUCGCCAGUGAAUUUGUCUUACAUGCAGUGUCAAUUAGGAAUGUCUGUAUCGCAAACAAUUAAUUUAACAAACAAUGCUGACCAAUCAUUAGAUUUGAUUCCUGAGAUCAGUGACAGCAACUUCAUCCUAUAUGAUGGUGGCAUCGAAAUAAAGAGCUUACAUUUGGAACCUCAUUCUACUGUGAAUGUGACACUUACUUUUAAACCAUCAGUGUUGUCUAGCAGACGUCUACCUUGCAAAGUGAUCUUCCACAGCAAACGAAUUGGCCAGAUAACUUAUUUUGUACAUGGUUCUGCUCUUACCCCUUUAGAAAUGCCUCCCCAGACAGUAUCUGCUGUAUCAGGAGCCAGUUCUACUUUUUUGCUCAACUUUCAUAACCCCCUUAAUGAAUUAGUAUACGUGAGUGUCAAGUUAUCAGAUGACAAAUGUUCUCUGACAGCCCAAUCCGUCUUCAACAUUGAUUUGAUCAAAAAGACCAGUAUUUUGCUGGGGCCCUUUCAGACAUUGGGCAUCCCAAUAAUCUUCAGCCCGAUUACCAGGACUACGUACCGUAGCGUGUGUGUUGUAUCCAUUAACAGAUCAAAAGAAGAGAAAUGGCAUUUUAAAAGUCUAUCAUUGAGUACGAUAAACUGGACCUUCCCCAUUAUUGGAAUACCAGAGUACCAAGAUAUCGAACAGAUGCCUAUGAGCAUUUUUGAAUGCGAUGUACGAAACUCAGCUUCUUACCAGUUGGUGAUAAACUUGACCACAAAUAUGGAUGACAUUGAUGAUACAGUACUUAGUGCAAAGAUUUUAAGUGGAAUUAUUGAAGAAUUCCCUGAAUUUGCAUCCGAUUAUGAAGGUGAACUCCCAGACAUAUCGUUUCAUUUGGAAUUCCUGGACAAUCAGGCUAGAGUAGCUUUAGUAAAUAUAGUCUCUCUCCAACUGCUGAAGACUUUCACAAAACACGACAACCCUGAUCAUGUUGUAUUGAUUUUCAGUGUGCAUUUCUCUCCAAUGAAGAAUAUCAAAAAUGUUACUCACCUUGCAAUCACUAAGAAGAAUGGCUGUGUUUGGCGUUUCCCUCUCACUUUUAUUGCUGAUAACCCUGUCAUUGAUGACACAAUAGUUAUCAAAUCUUUGAAACUGAAGGAGAAGUCUGUGGCUCGUUUUUAUCUCCACAGCAAUGAAAAAGUUCCAAAAGAGUUCCAAGUACAGAUGACUUCUGACAGUGACCCUGAAAUUGUAGUGACCCCUAAAUUUGGUGUACUUCCUGUUGUUGGUGAGCGUGGGGUUGAAUUAAAUGUUUUGUUUACACCAAUUGCCUAUGGCCAAGAAAACUUUGCCACCUUAAUGGUUCAGACGGAUUCAAUGCAGUGGACCUAUGACAUCUGGGCUUACCUAGCAAAAUACGAACCCCCAAGGGGAAAAUCAAAGCCACCUAUUGCAAGACCUCAUCCCAUGCCACAGUUAAGAGGUCCUUUCAGAGAUUUUGUACUUGAGAACUGUCAGCUCACUCGAACUGCCGUGUCAUCUCCUAUGAAAGGGGCUCCUAUUAUUAGACAUCAACGGAGAUCUCUGUAUUGAUUACAUAUUUCAUCUCUACUUGGCUUAUUUUGAUGCUCCUUAAAUAAAUAGUUUUUGCAAAAUUUGAA